AUAACUUCAAGCUUGUCGGUGAUUGGCCGGGGUGUGCGGCAGGGUUUCGCUCGUACUUCCGCCUGGGUGUCAGUGGGGACCAGGAACAGGGAGUCAGCAGGUGUGACCGCUCUGUGGAAAUCCCUGUCCCUCAGUGAAUAGCUGCCCGCUGGGGAAGAUGCAAUAAUCUCGUGCCCGCAGCCCAGACGCCCAGCACAGCACCAUGAACAGCGAGGAGGAGUUCUACGAUGCCGAAACAGGCUUGGACUCGGAUAAUUCCUCCGGCGAGUACACGGACACCAACCAAAGAGGCUCACAAAUGACUCUCACCGACCAGCACGCAGCUGCGGAUGGGGAGAGGGUAGUGCAGGAGAAUGGGGUAAAGAAACACCGGACCACGCUGCCGGCCCCCAUGUUUCCCAGAAAUAACUUCAGUAUAUGGAGCAUAUUGAAGAAAUGCAUCGGGCUGGAGCUGUCGAAAAUCACAAUGCCGAUUGUCUUCAACGAGCCCUUGAGUUUCCUGCAGAGAAUCACAGAAUUCAUGGAGCACACGUACAUGAUUAAUAAGGCCUGUACCCACACAGACCCACUGCUUCGUAUGCAGUGCGUCGCCGCCUUCGCUGUCUCCGCAGUAGCGUCACAGUGGGAGCGAACGGGGAAACCAUUUAACCCGCUGCUGGGGGAAACCUUCGAGCUAAUGAGGGAAGAGUCCGGCUUCCGAUUCAUCUCGGAACAAGUGAGCCAUCACCCGCCGGUCAGUGCCUUCCAUGCCGAAGGUCUCAACAAAGACUUUAUCUUUCACGGCUCUAUCUAUCCCAAGUUAAAGUUUUGGGGGAAGAGUGUGGAGGCUGAACCCCGAGGCACCAUGACUCUGGAGCUGCUCAAACACAAAGAAGCGUACACAUGGACGAACCCCACAUGCUGCGUGCACAAUGUCAUUAUCGGCAAGCUGUGGAUCGAGCAGUACGGGACGAUAGAGAUAGUAAACCACAGUACCGGAGACAAGUGCGUGCUUAAUUUCAAGCCCUGCGGCCUGUUUGGGAAGGAGCUGCAUCGAGUGGAAGGAUAUAUCCAGGAUAAAAACAAGAAAAAGCUGUGUAUGAUCUACGGAAAGUGGACGGAAUGUUUAUGGUGUGUCGAUCCCGCGACAUAUGAAUCCUUUAAAAAAGAUAAGAAAGGCGUCGAGAAUAAAAAACCCAAACCGACCGAAGAGGAGAUAAAGUCUGAAAAUGAUGAAGCUGAUGAUAUGCCAGAGAUUCAGGAGACAGUGCAGGUCAUACCUGGGAGUAAAUUGUUAUGGAGAAUCACUAGUCGGCCCUCAAACUCUGCACAAAUGUACAAUUUUACCCACUUUGCUGUAUCCCUAAAUGAGCUGGAUAAAGACAUGAAGGGCAUUCUGGCUCCCACCGACUGCCGCCUGCGGCCAGACAUUAGGGGCAUGGAGAAUGGCGACAUGGAUCUGGCAGGGAAUGAGAAGGAGAGGUUAGAAGAGAAGCAGAGAGCUUCCCGCAGAGAAAGAGCCAAAAAUAAUGAGGAAUGGCAGACACGGUGGUUCGCGCAGGGCACCAACCCCCACACCAGAGCGUCCGACUGGAUUUACACAGGAGGGUACUUUGAUAGAAAUUUCACAGACUGUCCCGACAUUUAUUGACCCUCUUCUACCCCCAUGGACGCUAUUGCCCCCCCCCCCCGUCCCUUCGAGAUUUAGAUACCAUUUUCAUUUGGACAUUCGCUCCUGAGCGACCAAUCAAGAGAGAGAGAGCGACUCCCCUUUCCCUCGCGCAUUCACGGAAACGCCGCCGCCUACCAAUCAGGGAUUUCGUGCCGCAGUUACUAUGGUUGCCAAAUUUCCGAAUAACUGGAUGCGCCCGUGUGUACAUACGUGUGCGUGUCGCUAAUUAGAUCCGUGUACACGCAAGCAGCCGGAAAAGGAGUCCCAUCCCAAAUCAUUCUGCUUUAGUAAUUAAGCUUUAAUUGGAGAUAAGGAACGCCCCUUUAAAGAGACAGCGCCAUCUAUUCUCUGUUUCUUUUGCCCCAGGGUUGUUGCCCCGUGGGAAAGGGGGGCAAAGUGCAGUCUGAAUCAGCCACUGAUUACACCGGCCCAGCACAAAUACCCCUUGUCUGGGGAAGAAGCUGCUGCGUCAGACUGCAGACUCGUGCUUGCCAGUUUCCAUUGUUUGUGUUUUAUGCAUAAAGGUGUAAAAUAUCUAUGUGUAGAGAGAGAGAGAGAGAUGAAGGCCUGUGUUUAUAUAUUUAUAUAGAGGUGGGUAUACGUGCAUUCACAAGCCGUGCAUUUAUAUACACACAUGUACACGCGUCUUCUACAUUUUAAAGCAAAAAUAAUAAUAAAUCUAUUGGGCAGAACCCCCUUUUCAGUCAUUUGGGGGGGGGGGGGGAGCUGUUCUCCGUCGUUUAUUAAAGAAGAAAAGAAUGAUGUGCUGCUACAGGUAAAGGAAAUAAUAACCAAUUAUAAACAGUCAA